AUGCUGUCAAGAGCUGCCCGUCCGGCUUUGAGAGCCGGCGCUGCCGCCUCCUCCCGGGCUGCUGCUCCGGCCGCCACCUUCGCUACCCUCCGUGAAAUCGAGGGCCGCCUCAAGUCGAUUCGCAACAUCGAGAAGAUCACCAAGACGAUGAAGAUCGUUGCCUCGACCAAGCUCAACCGUGCCCAGCGUGCCAUGACCGAGUCGCGCAGCUACGGCGAGACCAGCAACAAGGUCUACCAGUCGGCCGAGACAAAGCCCCUCGAGGGCGAGGGCAAGAAGAAGCUCGUCGUCGUCUGCAGCUCCGACAAGGGUCUUUGCGGUGGUGUUCACUCUGGUCUUGCCCGCUUCAUCCGCCGAAGGGCUGCCACCGAGGGGGACAACUUCGACCUCGUCAUCCUCGGCGAGAAGGCCAAGGCCCAGCUCUCCCGUACGCAUGCUAAGAACAUCGUCCUGAACUUCUCUGGUGUUGGCAAGGACGUCCCCACCUUCACCGAGGCUCAGUCCAUCGUCGACCAGAUCGUCCAGCUCCAGGGCGACUACUCCGAGGUUGAGAUUCUCUACAACAAGUUCAUCAACGCCACCAGCUACGAGCCCACCAUCAUUGAGGGAUUUUCCGAGGAGGCCUUUGCCAACUCCCCCAACUUUGCCGCUUUCGAGGUCGAGGAGGGUGUCCUUCCCAACCUCCGCGAGUACACCCUUGCCAACUCACUCUACUGGGCUCUUGCUGAGGGUCACGCUUGCGAGAUCUCUGCCCGCCGCAACGCCAUGGAUAACGCUUCCAAGAACGCUGGUGAGAUGAUCAGCAAGUACCAGAUUCUCUUCAACCGCACCCGCCAGGCCGUCAUUACCGGCGAGUUGGUUGAAAUUAUCACUGGUGCCACCGCCUCUGCGGACAUGUAA